UGGAGCGGAUAUCGAACUUGAUGGCUAAUUCAGUUCAACGAACUACUCAAAUAUCUUAGGCAGACUUGGACUCCAAGGGGCAUGGACAACUAUAAAUAUCGAAAGAAGGAUGAAUAGUGAAGAAUCAGACGCAUGUAGUUGAACCUCCUAGACUAUCUUUUUCACAUUACUAUAUAUCUUACUCCUAAAUUGACCGUAGAUAAUUUUACAUCUACAAUCGUAACUCUAGUGAUUGAAUGAAAAUAAUUAUAUUUGCAUUUGUUAUAACCAACUCUUCGAUCUAAUUUUGGUGUAUAUACUUGCUUUUUAAAAUAAAAUUUAGAUCGAACCGAACACCCUAGAUUAGGUUAUAGGGGAUGACCAGUUUUGAUCUAUCCCCCAUAUUCCCAAGUAAGCAAGAAAUCCAAGUCACCUCCUUCCCAAAUAACGACUUUCAAAAUCAAUCAAUUUGGCAGUGAUCCAUAUCCAAUCCGCCAUUUUUCCCUCCCCAAAACCCUAUCUUAAUGUCCACAUUUUCUCAUAAUCUCACCCGAUUUUGAAAGGUAAUAGAAAGAAUAAUGAUAAAUAGUACCGUUGAUGACAACGGCCACGCCCAAAUUCCUGAUCACCAACAUCGCUGCCAUUGUUGCCAUUUUGAUAGUCAUAAUAAUAAUCCGCAGAAACCCAUACCCAAGUGCCUACCAAAGCGCAUAAUUUUGGUGCGCCACGGCGAGAGCGAAGGGAAUAGGGACGACGCCAUGUACACCGUCACGCCCGAUUAUAGGAUCCCGUUAACUCCCAAGGGAAUUGGUCAAGCCAAGGAAGCUGGGUCCCGCAUUUUUGACGUGAUUUCUGAUAAUGGCACGUCCGAUAACUGGAAGGUCUACUUUUACGUUUCCCCUUACGUGCGAACACGUUCAACGCUACGGGAGAUGGGCAGGGCAUUCUCGAGACGGAGGGUGCUUGGCGUCAGGGAAGAAUGCCGAAUUAGAGAACAAGAUUUUGGGAAUUUUCAAGUGGCGGAGCGCAUGAAAGUCAUUAAGGAGACUCGCGAGAGAUUUGGCCGCUUCUUUUAUCGAUUUCCUGAGGGAGAAUCAGCUGCUGAUGUUUAUGACAGAGUUUCCAGUAAGAUCCUUUUUCUCUCCUUCACGCCCCAUCUUUUUCAUUCUGUGUAUCCGAUGUUUAUAUAAUUAGAUUUAACUUUGUAUACCUCUCCGGCCAAAGUUUUUUUCUUUUUAAAAAAAAGUUAUUGCAAGUUAAUUAUCAAACUAGGCUUACUAUAGACACUUACUUAUAAACAGUUAGUUGUGGUUGCAUGUCA